CCAAAACAAAGAUCAUCAUUAUAAAAGUUUAUCGAAAAGGUUAUGGCGAAAGCUGAUUAUUAAAGUAUUUGUUGCUCAUUCAUAAUCCUAGUCGCUGUUUUAAUGUCAAGAUGAUGUCUGGAUUUGUCUUGUCUUUAAUUCUUUUUGCAUCCACGGAAGCUCUCCUGGUCCAGUCAUCAAGAGACUACUACUGGAGGGACUACGACGGAAAAACCCCUGAAGAUGCCAUCCUUGGUGGCCGCGACCACGAAAAUAAAAACAUCUACAUAGGCCAAGUUUACAUCCAACACAAAGGUUUAGUCGUCGCACAGAUAGACCAAGACCAAAGGACCGUGUAUGCAGAAAUGGACGGCGUUCAACUCAUAGAUAAAAAUAUUAAAAUCUUGUGUGGUCCUCGGUAUCGUUUCUACUGGAUGCCGUCAAAUUUUACCAGGCUUCAUACCGAUUUAAAGGAGAAACGGUUGGUGGUUGGUGGCCACGAGGACGCGGCGAAGAGAUAUUUCGUGGGGAGAAUUAAGUGCGACUAUGGGUUUUGCAUUGGGAAAGUUCUAGAACAAGGCGGUGACGGGAAGUCCGUCUUCUACGGAGCAGACAGACAUGGAGAGCCACUCAAGACCGAUUCUUACGAAGUUCUUGUAAAUGAGGAGAUUAUAAGCGAACGGGGCUCUUUUGGUUCGGAUAGAAACGUGUUGAGGAGGAUUCACACGUAACUGCAAACUCGUAUUAUUAUUAUUAUGGUGUAAAAAUGAAAAUAAAAAAGUUUUACAACAUACUGAAAA